GCUUUUGUCAUUUCAGUUGCUGAGGUGCUGAAGCAUCAGUGUUAUCAGUGAGGCAGACUUCAGGGGUGGAAAUUUUACACACACAUAGACACGGGAGAGAGAGAGAACGCAAAAACCGGAUUCGUCAGGGAGCAAGCCUGCAACAAGCAAAAUACAAAGCCCCAGUGAAGUUUUAACUCGUGUGAAGAGUUGCAGAUCACAACAGCUCAACAAAAACGAACCCAAACCAAGUCCGUCACUGAGAUUGAGGCGAUGAAGAUGAGGCUGUUGCUUGUGGUUUGUUUGCUCGGUGCUUGGCCAACCACUUUUCUAGACCUCGUCACUGCAGAAAAUUCAACAACUGUGUUUAAAGCGAACCAUAUCUCCAGUCUAACUACACAGAUGGCUAGCUCAUUCGCCAAGCAGUCAGAUUUCAGCACUAUGACACGAGUGACCAAUAGCGUUAUGACUUCUACUGAAAAUGAGACAGGAAAUCACAUUGCGGCAACCAAUCAAUCCACAGCGACCUCAAGUACAGUCACUGCACCUACACCAACAACAAGUAUGCAACAAAAUAAUCCAACUGAUGUGUCAGCAGCAACAACAACCCAAGAUCAGAAAAGCACCACAGCUGUUCAACCUAAAAAUGCCACAUCAUCCUCUACUCUUCACCAAACUGACAGCACUGCCUCAACAACCCAAAACUCUACAACACAAGGCUCUACAAAAGCAUCUAGUACUGAAAGAAGUCCUACCACGAGCGUAAAAGAAACCAUCAGUCCUGUCUCCACAACCACAGCAGAUCCUGGCCAGGUUGAAUCGCGACCAACACAAACUCCUGAGAUAUCCAAUUCAACGUCUUUCCAUAGCACAGCUACAAACAUCACAGUCACACAAGCAACAACAUCCAGCCCUCAGACUAAUGAAACAGUAUCGCAAAGUACAUCGACUGAAGGGUUUUUCACAAAUAUAACAACCACCGAAUGGAAAAGCAAACACGUGUCUAGAGGGGAACAGGACGCUGUGACUGCAAUGACGCAGGGAAAUGAAACAAACAUGAUCAUAAAGGUCUCUUGUGUGCCUGAACCCAGCGAGGAAAAUAAUUAUCUGGAGUUAAAGGAGAAUAUCACCUGUAAAACGUACGUGGACGAGAAAGGACAGGAACUGGGCAAGCUGCUGUGCUCUAGACUCAUCAAGAAAGGGAACCACAAAGGGUACAGCCACUGUAUGGUCGAGCUCAGUAAGGUGAAAACUUCCAACAGAAGGCUAAACGUCGACAUCUCCUUUAAAGUGAAUACAAAUGACAUCAAAAAUGUUCUGAGUGAAACAAAGAACGAACUGAAAGAGCUGGGCAUUCAGUUCUCUGCUAACCAAGAGCACAGAAAUGAACUGCAAACACCAUCUGAGCUCAAGAAGCGCAUUGCCAUGGUCGUGACUGGCUCACUGCUGCUGCUUAUCUUCCUAUCUGCCAUCGUGUACAGGUGUUCGCAACGCAAGUCACAGAAAAAGAAGGACCAAUACCUGACCGAGGAGAUUCAGCCUGUGGACAACGGUUGCCACGAUAACUUGGCCAUGGAUAUCACCGAGAGUGAGCCAGAGAUGCAGGAGAAGCCCAGUUCAAAGGUCAACAUGCAGGACAACAUGGACAAUUGGAUUGUUCCCAUGGACAGCCUGACUAAGGAUGAGCUGGAGGAGGAGGACACUCACUUAUAAAGCAGCUGAAGCGUAAUGCGACUGCUCCCUACAGCCCCACUGCACUCCUAUAUGAUUGCUUCAAUAUAUAGAGAUCUAUACUGCCAACAGAACCGAACUCAAACUUUUUCACCCCAGCAUCAACUUCCUGAACACCAUUUUUUAAAAAAAUAUAUAGGGUUGGUUUUAUUUGGGAAAUCAGAUGUUCCAGGAUUUAUGGAGGUCUGUUACAAACAUAACUAACUUUACUAGUAAUCUCAAAACUCGGAUUCAUGCUCCGAAGACACGUGUUCAAAUCCUGCCGGAGGAUGUUAAAUUUGAAUAUCAAGUUUAUAAAGUAAUCUGGAGCAAAAUGUUUAAGUCAUAAAUGGUAGCCUUAAAAUUACGGAUUGGUACAAAACCCCUGUCUGGUUCACCAAUGCCCUUUGUAGAAAGAAAUCCACCGUCUUUAUCCGGUCUGUCCUCGAGGUGACUCCAGACUGACAUCACUGUGGUCGAUUCUCAAAUGUCCCCCUGAAAUAGCCCAAGAAUACUGUUUAGUUCCAGUCCAAUUAGGAAUAGGCAAUAAAUGUUGGCCAUGCCAGUGAUACUUACAUCCCAUGAAGGAUGUAAGAAACAGAAUGCACUCUCUCAUCAUUUUUAAAAACAAAAGUGCUAAGGGCUGAGACAGUCAAAUUGAACAAAUUAUUCCAAGGGAGAAUAUUUCCAGCAAAUUCAUUACAUGUACCACCAGAUGUCUAAUGGGACUCUGCAAAUUGCAGGUCAUUGGCGUGAGCAAAAUGUCAGGGGCAUUCGUAAAUAGUGAUGUUUUUUCCCCCAAUCAACAUUUUCUUUGAACACUUUUGUUUAGUACUUAUAGAACUCUCUGAUAGGACAUUGCGAUCCCUCUUGUUGUGAACUAAGAGAAUGUUGGGCCUGGCCGAGCAGAUUACCGAUGUCGUUAUUGUCAAAACUCCACCGUGGGCAAUAAAAUAAACCAAAGAACUGCAGAUGCUGGAGAUCUGAAACAAAAACCGCAUGUGAAACUCAACAGGUUGUGGGGAGAAAGGAGAAUUACAGCUUUGAGUCCAGUCACUUCUUCAGAGUCAGGAAGGAGACUUCCUGUUGAAGAGUCACCUGACUUGAAACAUUAACUCUGCUUUCUCCCUUCACGUGCUGCCAGACCUGCUGAGUUUCUCCAGCAGUUUGUUGUUGUCGACCUUGGCUAUUAGUGCUUCAGGGAUCGUGACUACAAAUUUUCAGCAUAUGACCCCACUUUGGGAAGCCCCAUGAAAGGAAAUCAAAGACUUGUUUCAGUGACGGCCAGAAAUUAGACAAACAGGUGAUGCUCACUUCGCAAGGGAACCUCUGGAAGAGUGAAAAUGUUGUGUGACCAGUGCUGGAAAAGUAAGGUGCAAGGAAACGGAUCUUUAUGGGUCAUGCAAUGAACUGCCCACCAUUGUGCGAAUCAGGGUUGGCAACUUUGAAAAAAAGAAACACAUUGAAAGCAAGCUUCCAAUUGCCGUACAUCACUAGUCAGGGACAGAGUCAACGCGCUGAUAUUGAAAAGGAUCACAAAAAGUGAAAACAAACCAAACGUUCAAUCGCUCUUUUCCAGAACACACCCACUAUCCAAUCAGCUACCAGAACACCACACUGAUCCAAUUGCUUUGGAGAAUGCCACGCCACCCAAUCAGCUCAUUGCACUGCUCAGUCACAUUGCAGAACAUCACACCAGUACAAUCAUUCCCUUCCAGAACACCUUACCUGUCCACUUGUCUGAUUCCACAAAACCUCCUGGAUGCAAUCAUCUUCCGGAACACCGCACUGGCCCAAUUAUCUUCUAGAUCCAAUCAUGACAAAAACUGGAAAUAGUUAAAACCAGAUUCUCCUGUUGCAGUCAUAAUUUUAUCAGACAAAAUACCUGAGCCCUCACUGAAGGCGUAUUACAGCACUGAAACUACUGUCUAACAUAAUAAUCCUAGUGCUGAGGAGACAAAUCAGAUUGUUAUUAUGUACUUAGAACACUAGAUGUUUUUGUACAGUGGGGGGUCUGGAAUGAUUAGCAAUAGUAGGAACUGCAGAUGCUGGAGUCUGAGAUAACAGGGUGUAGAGCUGGAUGAACACAGCAGGCCAAGCAGCAUCAGAGGAGCAGGAAAGCUGCCGUUUCAGGUCAAGACCCUACUUCAGAAAAGAUUGUUUGAUUGUGAAGCUCUACAUUUAAACAAAAAGAGAUGGAUAUCUUUUGACACCUCAGUAGCUAUACUGGAUUAAUUGACUGGGAACAUUUCCAGUCCCUAGAGGAUUAAGCUGCUAAGACCUAUAAUUUUUCUAAAAUUUUCCAUCGAUUAUGUGAAUUUGAAGUUUUUCUGUGAAUGUUGGAUGCAUAACACUCAACCUCGGUGUAAGUAGCUAAUCACAUGACUGGGAUAGAAUGAAUGAACCUUCAGCUGGGUUUGAGCUUUACAUUCCCCUGGCCUUUAGUAUGCUUCAUCAUUGAUAAGUGCUGCUGAGUUAUAUAUCAUCAUUGCUGGCCUCCUGCUUAUACUGAGCUUCUAACCUCUCAGAGUACCAUCGCUCCACAAAUUAGAAUUCUUGUCUGAUUUCUAAACAUUUUAAAACAAUCAUUUAGAUUUUUUUUAAAAAACUGACCCAUUGGGGAAGGUGACUUUGGGCUCAAUCUGGUCUCUCUCCUCAGAGACAACAAGUGGAGAGUUCAAGCCUCACUUGCAGGUCUGGAACAGCUGUCUCUUCAGUGAAGGACUGAGAGGGUGACAACAUUGCCAAGCUAUCCAGAAGGAAGAUUUACAAUUUACAUAGUACCUUACCUGGCCGCUCUGCAGCCCAAAGUGUUUUAAAGCCUAUGUUGAAAUGCAGCUGUUGUAGUACCGCUAUCAAUUUGCUCAUGCCUGAUUCUUACAAAUGGUGAAAUAACGGACCACCUAAUCUCGUUUUGUGAUGCUGACUGAGGGCUUCUUUCAUGUAGUGUUGUGGGAUUGUGAUACAUCCAUCUGAAAGAGGAGACAAGGCACCUUCAUUUAACAUCUCACCUGAAAAAGACACCUUCAACAGGUCAGCAGUCCCUCCAUACUACAGUGGACUGUCCAUUUAGAGUUUAGCAAAGUCUUCUCUCUACUUAAAUCUAAAGCUACUGACUGAGAGAUGAAAACGGUACCCAGUCCAUUAUCUGUAGAGAAGGCAGCUGCCAGCGUUCUUCCCUCAACAGCUUCAUUCAACUCCUGGGGUUCCACAGAACUCAAACUGUCCUCUUGCGCGACAGCAGUAAUUGUUCACUGCAAUUCACUCCACCUUCAACAUUUGAGACAGUUCCAGAGACACACUAAUUCCAUGACUUGAAGAUCCUUUUUUUAAUCUUUAAAGUAGUUACUGAUCGAGGCUUACAGACCACUGCACAUGUCUGAUUAAGUUUAUAGUAUAUUGUAAUGGGCCAAUAGAAACAAAAUCCAGGGCAUUUUAAAUUGCGCUGCACAAAGAGUGGUUAUGGUAAAUGCACGAAACAGUCCAUAUGUAGCAGCUGGUUCGGACAGUAAACCGUUUCCUUUGGAGGCAGCAAGAACUUCAGAUGCUGGAGUCAGUCAAUACAGCGUGGAGCUGGAGGAACACAGCAGGUCAGGCAGCAUCAGGGGAGCUGUAGUGUCGAUGCUUCAAGUCGUGAUCUUUCAUCAGGACUGAAAGUUUUCUUUUAUUCAUCAUUAAAUAAGCUAAUCCCAAACUUCAGUACCCAUCGGGGCACUCAGCAGAGACAUCAAACUGUUAAGUCAUUGACUUAAUUUCCAUUACUGAUCUUAGUCAAUAAAUUAAUCAUUGCUACUCCACAGAUGAUUGUUUGUUUAAUAAGCCAGGCUGUGUCUAUUUCCCUGAUGACUCAAACAGAAAUUGCUGGGAAAACUCAGCAGGUCUGGCAGCAUCUGUGGCAAGUUAAUGUUUCAGGUCCAGUGACCCUUCUUCAGUUGGUGUGUGUACUGCUCCACAGCCAAUUGAUUUGUACAGGCAGUACAAUUGGAUGAGGUUAGAAGAGUAGUAGUAGCGAAGACAGGAGGCAAAAAGCAGUCAGUGUUACUACUGUGAACCGUUUCCCAGAACGUGUGAAUGUGUUAAUGACAAGGAUCAGAUCAGGUUUGUCUGUGAUGCCUAUUUUAGCUGAAUAGUCUAUCAGUGAUCUCGAAGAAUGGCCAGAGGACAGCAAACCACGCUCCUGGAGGCGUGAUCUGAGCAAGGAUGAAGGGCAGACAUGGGAAACAUAAAGUACAAAUGAACUGUAAUUAGUACAUCUGAGUAGGCAGUCCUGAAUAAUGCAAUCAACUUUCAAACUAUUAAACAAUGUCAAUGCAAUGAGUCUGUUUUCACAAAAGGGUAUAAUGUUAGAAAAUGACUUCUGUACAUGUUAUCAGUAGUUGUGUAAACAAAUAAAUGCAGCAGCUAAUAAAAGAAUCCUUAAAUUCCUUUAUAGUAAAAAGGAAGUAAAUAAAUGAGACAAACUGCUAGAUGUUCUUAGUCUCAGUUCAUAACAGGACUUGGCUCCACUUGAGCAGAAAGUGAAAUACAUGAAAUGAGGACACUGAAUAAGAAACUGAGAAUGUGUCGAGAACUUGCAGCAAGUUGGGAGUUUAAAUUCUUUAAUUGUCACUUUAACUGUUCCAAAAAUGCAGAUGACUGUGUCUCCCACUCUGUGCUGCCCAUCUCUGGGGGCUCUAUAAUCAAAAAAUAACAGUCUGUGAACAAAAGGGAAAGAGAAAGGCGAUAUUAAAUUUGCUUGUCUGUCAUUUCUAUCAUCUCGCUCUGGCUUUUUCUUAAAAAGAAAGACCUGAGGAAUUUUCUGCCCACGUAACCCGGAUAACAUCCCACUGGGAGCCACCCUUUGUACAGUGUGGGUGGUAUUAAUGAUUUAGUUUAAUGCUAAGUCUAUUACGGAUACAGGAUCGGGUUGGAGCCUAGUCCCAGGACUGGGAAUGAAAAGUGUUUCAGAAUGCAAAGAUGGCAAAGGGAGAGUGGGUUUGUGAAGAUGGACAUAGUACCUUUUCAAAGAUACCUGCAAUCAUUCUGCAUUUCAAUCUUUAGCAAAGAAGCAUAGGAUAGUGGGACAGUGAGGGGGGAGUCUGGUGGGUGGAAGAGUUGGAUUAUACAAAAGGGAUUGAACGGUCAUCAGAGUGUCAUACAGCAUGGAAAUAAUCCAACUCGUCCAUGCUGACCAAGUUUCUGAAACUAAACAAGUCCCACCUGCCAGCGUUUGGCCCAUAUCCAUCUCAACCCUUCCUAGUCACGUACCUGUCCAAGUGUCUUUUAAAUGUUGUAACUGUAGCUAUUACUUCCUCAAGCUGUUCAUUCCACAUACAAACCACCCUUUGCGUGAAAACAUUGCCUGUCAGCUCAAUUUUAAAUUAUUCUCCUUUCAUCUUAAAAAUAUAUGUCUCCUAAUUUCAAACACCCCCCCUCCACCCUAUGGAAAAACACCUGCACUAUUCACUUUAUCUGUGCCCUUCAUGAUUUUAUAAACCUCUAUAAAGGUCAACCCUCAGCCUCCUAUGUUCCAGUGAAAAAGUCCCAACUAUUCAGCCUCUCCUUAUAACUCAAACUCGUGAGUCCCAGCAAAACACUCAAAUUUUUUCCAAACCCAUUUCAAUUUAACAAUAUCCUUGCUUUAGCAGGUCGAUUGGAACUGUGCACAUUACUGAAAAAUAAGGUCUUACUAACAUCCAGUACUACCCCAAACGUGCUGCUCCAACUCGUUCUCAGUGGUCUGAGCAGGGGCAAGUGUGUUACAGCGCCCAGUUAAGCACCUGUGUGUGACACAAACUAUAUUAAGUUCUCCCCUUGUUUGUUUUACCAAAAUGCAAUACCUCGCACGUAUCCAAAUUAUACUCUAUUUGCCAUUCAUCAGGUCUGACUGAUCAUGAUCCCUUUCUAAUCUUAGAUACAACCUUCACUGUCAAAUGCACCAUCAAAUUCAGGCUGUGAAGGAGUAAGGGGUAUCUGAGGGAGGGUUGAAAUACAUAGGGAUAAGAGCCCUCAGUGAAGACAGCAGGAUAUUUUAGUGAUCUGGAUUGCGUGACAGGUAGUGAGAGAUUAAGCGGGUGAGGUUGGGGUAAUGAAGGGUUUUUAAGAGUCGCUAAGAGGGAUGAGGUAGUGGACACUUCUGUAUUUAGUCUCUCAGGAACCAAUAGAGAGAAAUGAUAGGGAGUCCUAGAAAUUCCUUAGCAUUGCGAUACUGAAAUUUUAUCUUGCAGGCCAGUAAUCCAGGAUAAAGUCUGAUCAAACCUCAGUAACACCUCCCUUUCUAACUGCAGCAUAAUUUGAAAUCAGGCCAUGAUUCUAAGUGCACAAGUUAAACCCAGAAAUAUAUUAACCUUACAGGAGAUUUAAGGAAAAUUAUAACAAGAUAGCACACAGGCCAUUUCAGCCCACAGCUCUGUUUAACGUCUGACAUGUGCAUGAGCAAGUUAUUCCAAUCGCAUUUCCCUGCUUCUUUCCAAAUCAGUUAUUCAGCUCUGUAACCCAUUCUUUAACAUUAACGUGAUGCCUGUUCAAUCCCUCACUUUUCUUGUGCAUUCGAAGUCUCACCAUGUUACUUUUCUUUCAGAAAUAUAUAAACACGUAAAGCACUGAAUCAGUUUGCAACUAGGGUCAAAAGAUGAUCUACAUGCAGUCAUUCAAACUGAUCACAGAGAGGACCAUUUACAACCCUUGGUAUAACCAGGUUCGAUUCUUAACGUUCCUCGACAAAUCAAUUUCAGUUAUUAGUCGAGGUUAUAUUGUAUUUUGAAUCCAGUUGCAACUGUGAAUCCAUGUUUUAGGUUCCACUAGUUUAGUUCACUUAAAUCUCUAACAUUUUAAUCUUUCAUAUUUUAUUGCAUAAAUCAUCUCCUGGUCUUGGUUUAUCAGAACUAGAAAUGCUAUGCAUUAUAUCAGUUACAAUCGAUUUCUAUCUAGCUGCAGGACUUGUCUCUCAACAAUCUUGCAUUCUGAUAGUGCCCAUGAUUUGUUCCUGUGGAGUAAAGUUUGCACGGACCAUUCACAGCUGGCUUCACUGCAGCCAGUUUUCCCCAAACUCCAAUUCAGUGCCAUUUCUCUUUCACUUGCACCCAACAAAGACAGCAGUAUCAGGAUUCAGAAUCAACUAACUGGCAAAUUAAAUGACCAUUAUUGAAAUAUAAACUCUGAACAUAACCAUCCAGUGGAAUUAUUGACUUUUUUUUGUUACUUCCAGUGGUGGACAGUAGGGCUAAAUCUGUCUUUAUUUUUCCAUUUCUCACAAUGGCACAGCUGGAUCAGUUCUCCAUGCAAAGAUCAGAGGUUUCAGGCAAGUCCAAAUAGCCGUUUCCUAGAACAUUCAAAUGACCUUGCCCACGGAAUGUGCCUGUGAACCACCAAUUAAGGGUUACAUGGUUAUGCCAAAACUGGAAAAUUCACAACUAUUAUUAAAAAUGGAAGUAAUGAAUGAUUUUUUUGCAUAAAUCAUCUCCCAGUUGAUCAUCAGAUCUAGAAAUGUUAGCAUAGUGACCCUGAUAUUUUGCUUCUCUCUCAACUGAAACAAGAACAAUCAAUCCAUCUCAGCAGAUAGCAAAGUUUGGAGCUGGAUGAACAGAGCAGGCCAAGCAGCAUCUCAGGAGCACAAAAGCUGACAUUUCAGGCCUAGACCCUUCAUCAGAGCGCUCAAUCCAUCUUCCUCUUUCCAUUACAACUCCAGACCAAUACUGAUAUGUCCAGACUGAUCCCUCACCAAGGGACGGUGCAGACUACCGAGUUUGGCAAAUUACUCUAAACAUAAUUGUGUGAGAGAGAUAAUGGGAACUGCAGAUGCUGGAGAAUCCAAGAUAACAAAGUGUGGGGCUGGAUGAACACAGCAGGCCAAGCAGCAUCUUAGGAGCACAAAAACUGACGUUUCAGGCCUAGACCCUUCAUCAGAAAAGGGGGAUGGGUA